UUUUACGAAAACCGCGGUCAAACAAUUAGCUGCGAGGAAACUGGCGCCGAGAACAAGUCUACUACUCUGCCAUGGUGGACUGCUAGAAUACAUAAUUUUUCUAACUUUCCCUUUGCCGGUUUGCAGGGAACUCUUGACGGUCUUACUAUUUUCUGUGUAGAUUGAACCUAGCGCCUUGAAGUUGCAACGAUUAGAUAGUUGGGCUUUUUACAACCGGAAUUUCCAUCGUCAUCAGCCAUCUUGUUCUGCUUUGGAGCCGUAAAACUGCAAUUUUCUCUUAUAAAAGAGAAAGAUUUUGCAUCUCAACAACGUUUACAGUCCUAACACAAAUUAAAAACCCAACAUUUAAAAGUACUAAUUGCAAGCUCCAGUCAUCAUGGCUGAAAAAGAAGUCAAAACAUUCAGCCACAGCCACAACUUAGAACAGUAUGUUUUGCUGGCCAAGUCAGCCAGAGGAGCCGGAUUAGUAGCCCUUAUAAAUCAGACAUUAGAGGCCCCUGGUGUGUAUGUUUUUGGGGAACUCAUAGAGAUGCCUUCUGUCAAAGCGCUAGAAAACUCUGAAAAUUCAUCAUACUGGACUCUCUUGAACAUAUUUGCAUUUGGAACUUAUAGUGACUAUAAAGAAAAAGCCAGUUUGUUGCCAGCUUUAACUGCGACACAGUUAAGGAAGUUACAACAUCUAACCAUAGUGUCCUUAGCAGCUAAAUCAAAGUUCAUACCAUACAGCUUGUUAUUGCAAGAACUGGAUAUCAAGAAUUUAAGAGAACUAGAGGAUGUAAUUAUUGACGCUAUUUAUGCUGACAUUAUACAUGGAAAACUAGACCAGAAAAAUAAACAGCUAGAAGUAGAUUUUGCCAUUGGUAGAGACAUCACUCCAGAAACAGUAAAUCGAGUCACAGAAGUAUUACAAGAUUGGUGUGACGGCUGUGAAUCAGUUCUUCGUAGCAUAGAGAAACAAAUAGAGAGGGCAAAUACACACAAAGAAAAAAAACAAAAGCAGAAGAUUCAAGUGGAAGCAGAGGUCGAAAAUCUGAAAAAGGCAAUAAAGGCAUCUUCACAGUCAGACAUGGAUAAUGGUGGCGUAUCAGGAAUGCCAGCAAGUUAUCACAGUCAGCAAUAUCAACAGAAAGCUCCAACCACCUCCAAAACUAAAGGAUUACGAGGAAGCGGAAAGGUAUUCGGUACUCAAGUUCGCAGAUGACUGAAAAUGACACAAUACUGCCACCAGGAUGGACUUAGCUUAUUCGCAUUUUUGUAUUAUCUCAGUUCAAACCUGCUUGGUUACCGUUUAUAAUCCUCCACUGGUCGCUGUGGGCAAUACUGGUGGUUAUACCUCGCACGUAAGGAAAGAAAGACAUCGAUCGUAAACGAGAAAUUCCGAAGCAUGACGAAGAUUUCCGAAAUGUGUCGUAUGAUUUUUCCAAAUUCUAAAUCAUUUGAGUCUGGGCUCGGUUUAUGAUACAAGGUUUGCAUUUGAUCUGGUUUUUAUUUUCUACUCUCUAAGAAAGUCCUGAUGUACACGUGCAAUUUUUGUCUCGUAAGUUAACCCUUCAUGGAUAAAGUAGUUGCUGUUGCAAAGAAAACGUGGUAGCGACAUUCUCCAAGGAAACUUCCUGGAUAAGAAGUCCAAUUUCUCGACAGGUAUUCAUUUUGCGGCCAUCCACGUCAGUUGUUUCCUUUUUUAGAAUACUAUGUUCCUCACAAAGCAUGACUGAGUAUUUAAAGCUGCUUCCAUAAUUGUUUCUAGGGUAACAUAUGAUAACUGAGUUUCUUGCGGAUAGUAUAAAGCUGGUGUUCAAAUGCCGUGCGUGGUAUUGUAAAUAAAAGGUGGAGCUUUAAUUCA